UGAUGCUUGACUUCACUCAUUCAUUCUCUCUGAGAGAUGCCCUAUCCACAAGACCCAUGCACAAGCCCUACACUCAUGCUAAGAUGAAGCUUCUACUGGCACUUUGUGCAGUUUGGAACAUCAUCCAACUAUCAGUGUGCUGCUCUUCUGGAGAAAUGACAGAUCGACUCACCUGUGUAUCUGAUUAUUGGUUUACAAUUACCUGUACUUUGAGCAUCACUGAUGAGCCUGCAGGUGUCAACAAUACCCACUACUGGUUGAAUUUGACCUGGUCUGGUGGAGUCGGGAUUACAUUCAAAUGUCCACUGGUGAAGAUGGGGGACAGUUAUGGUUGCACAUUUGUGGCCGAUUUUGAUAAGAAUGUAACGUACCACGGCUCUUCAUUUAAUGAAAUGGACUGUUUCAAUGUACAGCUUUGUUAUAACAUUGACUGCCAAUCAAACUUGACAGGCUUUGAACCAUUCAAAAAUAUUCAACCAACAGCUCCAAGUCAUCUCGCUGUCCAGUGGACUUCAAAGGGUUACAGAUGCACUUGGCAAAGUGGAUAUGAACACCAUCCAUAUAUAACAGAGUUCCCUUACCAACUCUUCUUCUACAAAUACCAUGGCAAUAAGAGCGAGGGGUUUUGUGUGUCCCCUCAAAACAAAUCUAUUUUAAUUGAUGCAUCUAGACUUGAGCCAGAUACCACAUAUGUUCUGAAAGUGAGAUCCGGGCUAUAUAAGUCCUCUGGAUAUAAAGGACAGUGGAGUCCGUGGAGUGCAUUGGUGCAAUUGAGGACUGAUGCAAAGGAAGCAGAACCAACUAUAGUCCUUGUCCUCAGCAAGUUUGUAUUUCCAGUUUGUGUGAUUGCUGGAGUUCUGUUGUUUGUAUUUUACAACCCCACGACAAGAAUGAAGAUAAAAGCUUUCUAUGAUGUGCCAAGCCCAGCCCCUUUUUUCAAACCUCUCUACAAAGAUAACAAACAUUUCCAGGACUGGCUUGAGUCAGAGUGCAAUCUGAGACAAACAUACAAAACAGAAGAGCUCAUGACCAUCGAUACUUUGAUUAUUGAGGCCAAACCUAUAGUAGAGGACCAGGACUGUUCAGCUACAACACCAUAUCCCCUAGCACAAGUUCACACUCCCUAUGUUGGUCCCUCAGUGAUGGACUGGGUCUGCAGUCACAGUCCAAAUGGAAAUGGUCCAGGGGACAUUCCUUACACCCAGUUGCCCUGCUCUCUCCUAGAGCUCCAGUUUGGAGGGAAGGGCACCUCUUUCUCUCAGAACCCUUCGGUCGCCUGUGAGGGGGACUCUGGAUGCGAGGACUUAACACUCAGCCCUGAGAGCAGCUUGCCUAAUAGUCCUGUAUCUAGUGAGCCAGAAUGCAUCUGUACUGAUUACUGUAUCCUACACGAAACCUCUAAAGGUUUUAUCCCCACUGGUGUGUCCAAAGAGGUCCCUUGAAUAGUUAUUGCAUAGAGGGACCAGGUAAGGAGGAAACCUGUGCCACUGAGUGAAGUUACCAAAUGUUACAUCAUAUGCCAAUAGGACACAGACGGCCUACUUCUUGGGUUUUGAUAAUGUACUGAGCAAGGGGUGUCAUAGUCUUUACAAUUUCCUAAAUUACAUAAUGUUGACUUAUGAUCAUUUGCAGUUUAUUUUUUGUAAUUCUGAAGUAGAAUUGUGUAUACUAUACUGUAACAAAAUGUGUUUUGUCCGUUUGAAAUAUUGUACUUUUUUUUAUUACUGUAUCAAUUGUGUGAUAGCUUAAAUAGCUACUUUGGACCAGUUCAUUUCAUAAUUUGUCUGCACUGAUGGCACUAGAGCCAUUGAUCCUUCAGUAUGUGAGUUAACCACCAGAGGAUGCUGCGACUCAACACUUAGAGGAGAAAUUGGCGAGGUGCAGUUUCUUGGAUGACAAUUUGAGCUCUAUAUAAUAUUUUGAAAGUAGUUUGAUAAUCCUGUAAUUACUAUGUCCUUUAAUUUGUCUUGUAUUACAUACUUGUUCGCUAUUGUAAAUACAAUAAUACAUUGGUAUGGUUUAUAUGUAUCGUUUUCUAUUUCGCAAAAAAGUAGAUGAGUAGCUAUAGUUAUCAGUAAAGACAAUUGCAACAAUAUAUAUGUAUAGCCAACCAAUGGUCUUCAACUUGCUUCAUCUUUCAUUCUUGGUGCAAUUUCAAAACAUGUGCGCGUGCUACAAAUGAACGAGAGUAAAAUGUUUUGUUGUGAUAUGACGUCAUGUUUCGGGAAAUGAACCCUGUAUGUAGUUAGCUUGCUUUAGGACUUCCAUCCAUGUCAGCAAGCAAUCACUGGCCAGAUAUUCCCUGAUGGAGACCGAUUACCCACACACAAACAGAAGGCUACAGUCCUCCUGAGAGCUGUAAUAUUAUAGGGCCAUAGAGUACCAUAGUCAUCAUACCCAUAAAACCCAGCGGUCAAACAGGGAAAUGGUUUCAAUUGUUUUUCCACCAUUCAUAGGGAAUUUUAGAACCACUUAAAAUAAGGGCUUUGUUUCAUGUAGGCUUACCCUGGUGUGAUGUUUUAAUAACCGGUUGGAUCUCUCUAGGUCUAUGACAAGGUGACUUUUAUCAAUAUAUUUGGCUGGAUUAAUUCCCCCCCCCCCCCCCCAAAAAAAAAA